AUGGGGGAGGAAGGAGUUGUUAUGUUGCUGUUUCUUUGGUUGCUCCUCUCUGCUUACGCAAGGUUGGUGAGCCCCAACGACAAGUCACUCACCCCCGCCAAGAGCAUAUUUUUGUUGGCUGGACAGAGCAAUAUGAGUGGCAGAGGAGGUGUGGUUAAUCAGACAUGGGACGGUGUUGUACCACCUGAGUGCCGCCCCAACCCGUCAAUACUCCGACUAAGUGCCGGACUUUCCUGGGAAGAGGCUUAUGAACCACUCCACAAGGACAUUGACACUGACAAAACUUGUGGAGUAGGACCAGGUAUGCCGUUUGCCCAUUAUAUUUUGGACAAGGACUCAAGCCUGGGUGUGGUUGGUUUGGUGCCUUGUGCUAUUGGAGGAACCAAUAUAAGUGAGUGGGCCCAAGGAACCUUCCUUUACAACCAACUGGUGAGGAGGGCUGGAGCGGCGGUGCAAGGUGGUGGGACAAUCACAGCACUUCUAUGGUAUCAAGGUGAGAGUGACACAGUGACUUUAGAGGAUGCGAAGCUGUACAAGAGAAGAUUGGAGAAAUUUUUUACAGACCUGCGCAAUGAUUUGCUGGCUCCAAUGCUCCCUGUGAUCCAAGUGGCAUUAGCAACAGGAGAAGGACCAUAUAUAAAUGAAGUAAGAGAAGCUCAAUUAGGUGUUGACCUGCCGAAUGUAAGAUGUGUGGAUGCCAAGGGAUUGCAGUUGGGACCUGAUUACUUGCACCUUAGUACUCCUGCUCAGGUCAAUCUUGGAGAGAUGUUAGCCAAUGCGUACCUUCAGACAGUGGCUGGCCCUGUUCUCAGUAGUGCCCCAAAAAAGGUUUCACCAUUUUGUUUUUGA